AUGUCUUGGUUUUAUUGUUUAUUUGUACUAGCUACAUUUGCUAGUAUAAUAAAUGGAGACGAAUAUUUAAGUCGUUUAAAAUUAGCUAAUGUUUUUUCUCCAUUAUCUUCUGAUGAUAUUAAAAAUACUGAAAAUUUAGCCGCAAAUGGUCCAUAUUUAUCAUGUCCUGUUGGAUGGACAGGAAGAUUUUGUGAAUCACCAAUUUGUACAAAUAAAUCAACUCCAUAUAUACCAACAGAUACUUCAAGUAUUUUAAUUGAUAAAAUGAAUUUUCAAUCUGGAUGUGUUGGUUCUAUUGAAUUUCCAGUUGAUGGUUCAAUGAAAUAUGUAAUGAUUACUGCUCACUCAGAUCAAGGUUCACCAAUUAUUAAUUUAACUGAUUCAAGUGGUAAUACUAUACAAACAACAUCUACAUAUAAUUCUCCUGGACAAGGUGUUAGCUCAUUUGCAAAUUUAAUUCCUGGAACUUUUUCUGUUACUGUAAAUAAUGGUAAUACACCAACAACAUUCUGUAUUGUAUCAAUAAACUCUGCCUCAGAACUUAUUGUUUCUGGUGGAUUUGUUAGUAGUCCUAAUUAUGAUACACCACAUGAUGGUAUUUCAGGUGUUUCAGAAUAUUUUGUAGUUCAACCAUUAAAUAUACCAUCUCCUGGUUUUAUUGGAUCAGUUAAAAUUCGUAAAAAUGGUAAUUAUAUUCCUGAUUGGGUUGCUGCUUUAACAACACGUUUUGGUUGUGGUUAUUCAUAUUAUGCUGGUAUGUAUACAUGUAAUGAAAUGGAUAAUGAAUUUAUGUAUACUGUUGAUGGUAUUGAUAGUAAUGGUUAUCCAUUUAGACGUUCAAAUACAUUUACAUGUUUAAAACCUAUUAAUCCACCACCAACACCAACUACAUUACCACCACAACCAACACAAUGUUAUAAUGGUGGUACAAUUAUUGGAAAUACAACUUCAUCAGUAUAUUGUAUUUGUCCAGAAUUAUAUACAGGACAAACAUGUCAAACAGUUUCUUGUGUUAAUGGUGGAAUAUCUAUUAAUUCAGGAACAGCAUGUGAUUGUCCACCAGGAUUUUCUGGAUUAAAUUGUCAAGAUGUUGUAUGUUCUGAUGCUCAUAAAACUGGUUUUGGAACAGAUUACAAAUCACUUAUUGUUGUCGUUCGCCUUUCUCAAUCUAUUAAAAAUCGAAUUCCACUAAUUAUUUCAUCAAUGCAAAUGAAUGAUUUAAUUUGGAGUUUAGAUAAUAAAGAUGUUUAUCAUUCAUUUGUUUUAGUAACAGUAACUGAUAGUAAUAUUAUGAGUAAAAAUGACUUCCGUGACAUUAAUGAUUUUUACUCAUAUUUUAAUAGUCUUCAAAACAGUUCUCUUAUUGCUAAUGGAUGUACUGAUACAAUAGUUGGUGGAAUUGAAAGUAUUUUUGAUACACAACUUAUUUAUAAUAAAUCUCCAGUAUAUGUAAUUACUGAUGUUAUUUCAUCUCCAGAUGAAAAUCAUAUUAGUGUUAUGCAUAGAAAUACAGCAAGAAAAUUCCCUAUUCAUAUAUUUAUGGUAUUAGAUGAAUCAAAUCAAUGUGGUUUUGAUCCAAUGAAUUCUGGAUUUGAAGUUUUUGAAACUAUUUCAAGACGUUCUGGAGGUCUUACAUAUCAAUUACCAUUAAAUGAUUUUGUUCAUUUCUUCCAAUGGAUUCAAUCAUCAACUGCUUUCCAAAUGAAUAUGGCAUUAUUUGGUGAUUAUAAAAAUUGUCUUAUGAAAGGAUUUACAACAUUCUUUGUUGAUAAUACUGAAAAAAGUGUUUUUAUUUUAGCAACAGGAACAAAUCUUUCACUUACUAUUACUCGUCCUGACUUUAAAACUGUUAAUCCAGUAUUAAAUGCUCAUAAUGGUGAUUCAUAUAUUUGGGAAAUUUUUAAUGAUAAUUUAAUGAUUGGUGAAUAUCUUAUUUUACUUUCAUCUGUUGGAGGAGCUACAUAUCCAUGUAAUUAUCGUGUUAUGACACAAUCAAAUUAUGAAUUAUUCCUUGGUGUAUCUAAUGAAAUUACAAAUGAUGUUACUUUCUUUGAUCCAAUUUAUGAAAAACCCUCACAUUUGGUUGCACAAAUAGGUGGUUUACAAGAUAAUAUUUAUGAUCCAUUUAGAUUAUUUGCUGAAAUGACUAUUUAUAGUUAUGAUAAAUUUGGAAAUAUCAUUCCAGUUUACUUUUCUAAUGGAAUUUAUAGAGAUCAAUGUGAUUAUCAAUUAUAUUUUAAUUCAUUUACAUGUAGAGUACCAGAUCAAGAACUUAUGAUAACAGUUUAUGCAGAUGAUAAUAAUGGUAAUACUAUUCAAAGAUCAAUUCCAGCUGUAUGUGCUGAUAUUGAAUUAACUCCAGCUCCACCAGGUACUUGUCAAAAUGGUGGUGUACAAAAUCCAUACAAUUCAUCACAAUGUAUCUGUCAGCAAAAUUGGAGUGGUAGAUAUUGUGAACAAAUUAAUUGUCAAAAUAACGGUAUUCAAGUUAAUGGUAGAUGUUCUUGUCCAAACGGUACAGGAGGAAGAUUUUGUGAAAAAAUAAAAUGUAAUGAUAAAUCAACAAAUGUUACAUUUGUUAAUGAAGAAAGAUCACUUAUAUUUAUUAUUAACAUUGAAUAUACUAUGCAACAUGCCGUUAACGAACUAAAUACAAAAUUACCAGAUAUGAUUCGUGAUUUACAAGGAAUUUCAAGUACAUUUAUUACUCAAUAUAUUUUAAUAGCAUACAAUAGUACAUAUAAUGUUGGACAAUAUAUUGGAAGUGAUGCUGUUGAGUUUUUAACUGCUUUUAAUAAUGUUGCAAAAAUGCCAUUAUUGUCAGAUCCUAAUGCUAAUUGUAAUGGACAACUUAUGGAAGCAUUAAGUCUUGCUGGUCUUUAUAAUCAAAAAAAUCAACCAUUAAUAUUUGUUUUUAGUGACUCUGAUUAUUUAAAUUCUGAUUUUGCUCAACAAAGUUAUAAUAAUAUUCUUAUUAAUUUGGAAUCUCUACAAUCAACAAUAAAUCUUAUUAUCCCAUCAACACAAAUAUGUAAUAAUGGUACUCGAACAACAACACUUUCUGAUGACUUAAAAAGUUUAAUUGAAUUUACUAAUGGAGACGUUUCAUUUACAGUAACACCAGGAAAUUAUUUAGAUUAUAUUUCAACAUUACAUGAAUCUGGAAGAUUUGGUGCAUUUUAUUCAUUUGAUUGUAAUCUUAAUCCAAUAACAUAUUAUUUACCAAUUGAUCAAUGGUCACAAUCAUUUACUGUAUCAGCUCAUGGAUCAAAUUUAAAAAUCAAUGUAUAUGAUCCAUAUGGAAAUGAUGCUAGUGGUGAUUAUUUAAAUCAAAUUUUAUCUGAUAACACAAAUAUGAUUAAUCAAUAUAUUAUUCCAUGUGAUAGUAAACGUGAUAUUCCAAGAAAUCAAUAUUGUUAUAAUCUUCAAACUUCACGUCUUUCAUGGGAUGAUGCUCAAGUAGCUUGUCAUCAAACAAAAGGCUCAUUCUUAUUUGAUUUAUUUAGUCCACAAAAAGAAACAUUUUUUGAUAAUCAAAUUGGUACAAUUGGUGUUUGGAUGGGUCUUAGAAGAGGUAUUGAUAAUGUAUGGCGUUGGGAUGCUCCUGAUGGUGUUCAAAGACAACCACUUGGAUCAUAUUCAAAUUGGGCUUCACAACCUAUUGAUAAUGAUGGUUUAGAUUGUGCAUACAUGAUGAAAGAUACUACUGGACAAAGUAAAUGGUACAGAGAUACAUGUAAUAAAACAUAUAAUUUUAUUUGCCAAAGACAUAAAUAUGGACAAGUUAUUUCACCUGAUGUCGAUUCUGCUAAUCUUUUACCAGCAGGUAUUUGGAAAAUGAAAAUAAGUGGUACAGGACAAUGUUAUUUUAAUUCUAUGGUUCAAUCAAAAAUUCAAGUUUUCUAUGGAUUUGUUAAUGAUAUUCAUGAAGAUAUUCCAAGUAAUAUUGCUAAUCUUGGUUCAACAACAAAUAGAUUUAUUGCAACAGCUACAGGUUUAGAACCAAUUAAUACUGAAAGUUUUGUUAAUAAUAUUGAUGGUAAUUUAAAUUAUGCUUUUAUGUAUAAAACAGCUCUUAAUUCAACAAAACCUGCUGUAAUGUUAACACCAGUAACUUUCCAAAGACGUGAAGAAUGUUCAUAUAGAACUGUUUCACAAACAUUUACCUGUCCAGAUAAAGAUUCAAAUCUUGCUUCACAUGAAUAUUUUGUUAAAUUUUCUGGUAUUGAUCAAUUUGGAAAUUUAUUUGAACGUCUUUCUACAUCAAUAUGUGCCAAACCUAUCACUAAAUGUUUAAAUGGUGGUUAUAUUUAUAAUGGUCAAUGUAUAUGUCCACCAAAUUAUACUGGUUCAAGAUGUGGUACUAUUUUAUGUUUUAAUGGUGGACAAAUAAAUGAGGAUGGAACAUGUACAUGUCAACAAGAAUUUAGUGGUGUAUCAUGUGAAACACCAAUGUGUGAAUUAAAACAUCCACAAAAUUUUGCUAAUGAUCAUAAAACAUUAGCUAUUGUUAUUGAACAAUCAUAUGGAUCAACAUCUAUGAUAAAAUAUUUAAUAGCUACAUUAAAAGAUACUAUUAAAAAAAUGUCACAAGGAAAACAAGCUUUAUGGUUUAGUAAUUAUAUUCUUGUUCCAUUUGAUCAAACAAAAAAUAGUGGUGUAUGGGCUCCAGUAGUUGCUUCAUCAAAUAUCAAUGAUAUUAUUAAUGGAUUAAAAAAUAUUCCAAGUGGACAAUGUGCUGAUAAUAUGCCAUGUCCAAGUGGAAAUAGUUGUAAUCGCCCAAUAUUUAGAGUAAUGAAUUAUCUUUUAUCAAGAGAUGAUUUUAAUAAACCAAAUUCUCAAGUUCUUCUUUUUACUCGUUCAGGUGUUGAAGAUUAUGAUUAUUAUGAUUUAUUUACUCAAAUACAACAAGUUAAACCAGUAAUAAAUGUUAUAUUAGUUGAUGCUGUUUCACCAUGUAGUUUAGGAUUUGAAACUAUGGAAGCUCGUGGUUUAAUGAGACUUGCUGGUGCUACUGGAGGAAAUUUAUACGUUAUGACAUCACGUCAAGCAGCAACAAAUCUUCUUCAAUCAUAUUUUCCAACCUUAUAUACAACAAAUUUAAUUGAAGGACAAAAUUAUGUUAGAAAUUGUUCAAAUGAUGAAGCUUUAUUCCAAAUUGAUUCAGAUGCUUCUGAAUUUACAAUUUCUUAUGUUGGAGGAUUUGAUGCAAAAUUAAAAUUAUAUGGUCCUGAUCAAACAGUAAUAGAUCUUCCUACACCUGUUGUUUUAUCUGAUACAAAUAGAAUUUAUGUUAUUCAAACUAAUGCUUCUUCAAAAGUACAAACUGGUACAUAUAGAUUAUAUUCUCAAACAUCUACACAAUUUUGUAAUAUCCAUGUUCAUGUUAAUUCUCCACUUGAAGUUUUUACUGGUUAUGCAGUUGUAACUGACAAUUUAAAUGGAGUAACACAAGAUGAUGGAUAUUUUGCUCCUGUUGCUAAGAUUGGUGCUAAAAAUAUUAUGAUGUUCCAUGCAAAUAAUUUAGAAAAUGGAUUUUUGACAUUUGUUCAACUUUAUAGUGAAAGAGGUUUGUUUUUUACAUCAGAAAUUAAAAAACGUGAAUCAUGUUCAUAUGAAUAUUAUUCAACUCAAACAUUUGAAUGUAUGUUUGAAAACUUUGAAGUUGCAGUUUAUGGUGUUGAUAAUAAUGGUAACAACUUUAGACGUGUUACAACAGGAAGUUGUAUUAAUGAAAUGCCAGAAAGAGAUCCACCACCACCUUUUUGUGAUUUAAGUCUUGUUAAACAAGAUUUCUUAUUUAUUAUGGAUACAUCAGUAAAUCAAUAUUUUUCAAAUCUUAAAAGUACAGCUAUUGGAAUUGUUGGAAAAUAUUAUGUACAAGGUUUAAAUAAUACGCGUGUUGGUGGUAUAUCUGUUGCUGAUCAAUCUUCACUUAACUUUAAUUUAUCUCAAACAACUACAUCAAAUGGUUUAUUUGGAUAUUUUAACACUUUCCAACAAAGUAAUUCAACAGGACAAAAUUUAGCAUCAGCAUUUACUAUUGCUGGUUCAAUUGCUUCCAAUCCAACAUCAGGAUAUCGUACUGAUAAUGAUAUUCAUCAUACAAUUGUUUAUCUUACCUCAAAUGAUAAAUAUACUGGAGAUGAUGCAUUACAAAUAUUUAAUAAUUUAAAACGAUCAGGAAGUUGGGGAUUAUUAACUGUUGGUUUAAAUGUUCCAUAUAAAGCACCUGUUGAAGUUCUUAAUGGAAAUAAAUGUAUGUAUGUUACUAAUGAUCCAAAUAAAUUCCAAACAAAUGCUGUUAAUUUUGUUCAAUCGCAUUCUUGUAGAAGAUUCUCAAUAUGUGGUGAAUAA